UUGAGCCUCCCGAGAGGCUCCUGAGAACUGAGCGUAACCAGCGUUUCAACACCACUGUUGUGCAGGCAGCCGGAGACCUUUCUGCUGAGGAAGCGCAGGAAGAAGGAGCUCUCCAGGCACUGUGCAUGGACAUCCUGGGGUCACUGGACGUCUCUGUGAGAGGGAUGUCCAAACUCCUGUGGCCGCGGCUGCUGUUAUUCGUGGUGCCAGCCCAAUACACCGGCAUGCUGAUCCCGGUCUCCCGCUGUGUCCGAGCCCUGUCCCAGAGAGAGGAUCUGACAGGACGGCAAAUAGAAGAUCUGGAUCCCCAUUUUGUCAGCUCCAUGUUUCAAGGCCCACUGCUGACUCCCCAGACACUGCUGGUGCGCUUAUUGGUGGUGGCAGGCAGCCCUGUUACAGGCAGCGAACUCCAAGCCGCUGCCUUACUGCUGAUGCAAAACCUGCACAGCAGGUUCCACAGAGCUGUGGGGGCCAUGUGGGCUACUGAGAUCCCCCUGCUGCUGCAGUGUCUUGAAGGUAAAGUGCUGGUGGGGAGGGAGAUGCAGAGGCAGGGAAGGGGGGAAGCGAAAAUGCAUCUCUGCA